CCGCCGCCACCCGCCCAGCACCUCCUCGCCGGGUGUGUGGCAGGAGCGCCCCCAGUGCCCGGAGGCCCAACGGCCGGACGGUCCCGUUGACCUGAAGCCAAAAGGCUCUCAUUGGCGGGAGGCUCGACGAACAAAGGUUUCCAUUGGCCGGGCGCUGCGGCGCGCCGCACUGUCUUCUGGGAGUUGUAGUCGCAGCGUCCGCAGUGCGGCCGCCAUUGUCCGGCGGGCGGCGAGUGGAGCGGUCCCUGAGGCCGGGGCUGCUCUCGGCUUUACGGCCGCUUCGGGCUCCUCUCCUCGACCUGUCGGUCCUGGAUGAACCCCGAAGAGGAAGCGACGGCGCUGGCGAUGACCACGGGGCUGCCAGCGGAGUGGCUUCAGCACUGGUGGAGACAGUUGAGCUGUUCAAGAGUGUGUGUGAUGUUUCAGGAGCCGGUGACCUUCCGGGAUGUGGCGGUGGACUUCACCCAGGAAGAGUGGGGGCAGCUGGGCCCUGCCCAGAGAACCCUGUAUCGUGACGUGAUGUUGGAGACCUUUGGGCAUCUGCUCUCUGUGGGGCCUGAGCUUCCAAAACCUGAAGUCAUCUCCCAGCUGGAGCAAGGGGCUGAGCUAUGGGCAGCAGAGAGAGGAAUUGGCCAGGGCUACUGUCCAGGCCGGGAGCCUGGACCUGAAACCCAAGCGCCACCCAAGGAGCAUGGCCUUCCUGAGGUGGAGACAUCCCGUGUCACUGAAAGGGAAGGCUUCCUGAGGAAUGCUCCCUGUCCCACCAUACUAGGGGAAGACUGGGAAUGUGAGGGCCAGGUGAAGUUGCCUGAGAAGGAACAGAAUAAUUUGAGGCAAUUGGAAUUUAGCCUCGAGGAAGCACCAAUUCAAGAUAAAAGCUAUGAAAGUCUCAGACUUGGGGAAAAUGGUGUCCUGAGCUCAAACCUAAAUCCAUUCCCAGAGAUUUCUAAGAGAGACUAUCUCUGUGGUUACGACUCACAGGUUAUAAACUCAGAAUGUAACUCAAGCUUAGUCAGUCAGCGGACAGGCUCCUCAGGAAAGGAGCCAUGUGACAGCAGUGACUGUAGCACAACUUCUAGUCAGGCCAUUCCAAUUAUGGAACUCACACGAAGCCAGGUACAGGAUAAGCCCUACAAAUGUACAGACUGUGGGAAGUCGUUUAACCACAACGCGCAUCUCACAGUGCAUAAGAGGAUUCACACGGGAGAAAGACCUUAUAUGUGCAAAGAAUGUGGGAAAGCCUUCAGCCAGAACUCCUCCCUGGUUCAGCAUGAGCGAAUCCACACAGGAGACAAGCCCUAUAAAUGUGCCGAGUGUGGGAAGUCUUUCUGCCAUAGCACACACCUUACAGUCCAUCGGAGAAUUCACACCGGAGAGAAACCCUAUGAAUGUCAGGACUGUGGGCGGGCCUUCAACCAGAAUUCAUCCCUGGGUCGGCACAAGCGGACACACACUGGAGAGAAGCCGUACACGUGUAGCGUGUGUGGGAAAUCGUUCUCACGGACCACUUGCCUGUUCCUGCACCUGAGGACGCACACAGAGGAGAGGCCCUAUGAGUGCAACCACUGUGGGAAGGGCUUCAGGCACAGCUCCUCUCUGGCCCAGCAUCAGCGAAAGCAUGCUGGGGAGAAGCCCUACGAGUGCCGCCAGAGGCUAAUCUUUGAGCAGACACCAGCUCUAACAAAGCAUGAAUGGACAGAAGCCCUCGGCCGUGACCCACCUUUGAAUCCGGAGGAGAGAGCUCACCGGAGCGACAGGCCUUUUAAGUGUAAUCAUUGUGGGAAAUGUUUUAUUCAGAGCUCACACCUCAUCCGACACCAGGUAACUCACACCAGAGAGGAGCCCCAGGGACGGAACCGGCGACGGCUUGAGCAGUCCUUUGGCCGGAGCUCACACCUUGGCCGCCGUCAGCACCCACACUCAAGUGAGAACCCUGGGGGCGGGACAAAGGCAGGACAGCCUGCGAGCCGGGCGCUUGCCCUGUUUGACAUCCAUGAAAUCAUGCAGGAGAAAAACCCAGUUCACGUUAUUGGGGUUGAAGAGUCUUCCAUGGGUGCUUCCGUGUUAUUCGACAUAAGAGAAUCCUCAUAGGAGAGAAACUACAGAUGACUUUUGAACCACAGGUACAAAAAUGUGGUAAGUCCACAUAGUGCAUUCAUGGAAAGGGGGGCUGGGGGUAGAAAUGCCUAAGGUGACCUCUGAUUUCGUAAGGAAACGGUGCUUUCCAAAUACCUGAGAUUGAUGGUUCUCAAAUCUGUCAAGCUCAGUGCCCCCCUUUAACCACAGGUGUUUUGUGCUAUUCCUUCUGUUACUCCAAAAUGAAUUUACAGGUAAUGUAACCUACACACAUGUGUACUGUAAAAAAAUCAACAUAUGGCCCCUUUUUGUAAAGCAUAAUUAAAACAAAAGUAAUUUAUGGUAAAGUAAUGUGUAUACUAAGUGGGUGUGGUAUCUCUCCAUGUGACUGUGUGAGCCAGUAUGCCUGGACACCUGGGGCAUUGGCUGUUCUCAUCUGGUAUAUGGGAAAUAGUGUUGGCCAUGGAAAUAUUGUGAGGGGCGUUCCUGUAUGAGAUGUGAUUUUCUCAAGUGGUGACUAACUCUUGCAAAAGUUUUGAACAAAACAGAAGACCGCUGCACUUCUGGAAAAUUCUGUAUAAAAUUCUAAGCAUGCAGGAGUUAAUUUGUGUUUAUAUGUGAAGUUGACUUAGGCUCUCAGUUCUUACAUUACAAACUGGUUGUUUCACACAUACACACAUACAUGGUCCACAGGGGCCUGUUCUGCACUUCACAGUCAUUAGACCACGCUUGGCCCCCACCCACAUGUCAGCCACAUUCAUGUCCAGAUCAAAUGACAAGAAAGCCCCCAUGAAAUUCUACUACAUUCCCUGGGAGUGUCACAGCUUCUACUGAAAGCCAUUGCCUUGAAGUGGUUAGUGUUGCUUAAGCCAGAGGUUCUCAGUUGGGGUAGAUUUGUCCUCCAGGAGACAUUUGUGAUGUUUAGAGACAUUUUUGGUUGUCAUAACGGGCAGAACAGAGGGGUGCCACUUGGCAGCUAAUGGGUAGAGGAUGCUGCUAAGCAUCCUGUAAUGCCCAAGACAGCCCCCUCAACAAAGAAUUAUCUAGCCACAAAUAUGCCAGGGUAGAGAAACCAUACCCAGCACUACAACCAAUUUUUUCCAGAAAGAUUCUAAAUUGAUGAGGGCUAUACUAACAAUCCUGUAGCUUUGAUUGUAACAAAUGAUAUCAUUAACUGUUUUAUACACAAAUGUUUCCUAGUAAUUUUUUUGACCAUUUUGCAGCAUUCCUAAUUGGUGUGAGAAAAGGAAGAGAAUCUACUUAUUUUUCUGAGUAAUCUAAAUUUUAGCAUUUUAUCAUGGACAUUGUAAAACAUGGAUAAGCCCCACUUUCGACCAUUCCUCCUGCCUGCUCUGUGGGGUGCAGAUUUGGGAGUGUUCCACCUAUCAGUGCCCUCUGGGGAGGGGACACCCAGUAACUUCAUGGUUCUAGACAGCUCUAGAAGCCAGGCUUACAGUGCCCCUUUCCCUCCUCCUCAGCCCCCAAAAUGGCAGCUUCUGAAGGGUUUUGUUUCCACAGUCUCAGUAUUUGCUGGGUGGGCUGAGGUUACAGUGGCCUCAGUGGGUAAGCUGGGAACAAGCUCGUCACUUGCCUUCCUCUCUGGACAACAGAGAUCUUUACAAAUUUUCUAUUUCUCAUUUCAUGUCAUGUUUUGUAGGCAUAAUAUUCCUACUCAUUUCCUUAUAGAUAUUCUGAAACAGUCAGAUAAAUUCCUCAGGAGAGGUUACUAUUAACCACAGAAUACAUGGUUUUAUCGGUUUAUAAAAGUAAUGUAAAUUCUUUACUGCAAAUGUGGAAAAUGCACAAAAGUAAAAUUUAAUUCCUCAUACAUCUAUUCAGAGAUGGUCACUACCAUUAAGAUUUUGUUAAUUUUCCUGUAAUUUUUUCUUAAAAAUAUAUAUGUAUACAUAUAGUGUACACUAGAUCUUAUACACACACACACAAAUAUAUAGUAUUGUGUUUAGAAAAUUGGAAUUCUUUCUAGUUCUCUUGUAACACAUGCUUCUUACUAUACUUUGAGCAUCUUCCUCUGACCAUUUCAUGUAGCUUUUUAAAUUACCUUUCAGGAGGAUUGUACCAGUGUGACCACCUAGCAUUUUAUCAGCCUUGACUUUUAUCCAAAAGGGUGGUGGUAGGGGGGAAAGUUUUCUACACAUUUUCAAGGGGAGUAUAAAUUGAUACGGCCUCUGUGAAGGACGAUUUAUUAGUUGCUAUCUAAGAUUAGAAACACACAACUCUUUGUCUCAGUAAACGUGUUGCUGGGAGUGAAUCCAGCAGAUUUAUUUGUAUGUUGUAGACUGUUUGUACAUGGUCUCACUAUGGUAUUGCUUUCAGAAGUAAAAAUUUGUAAACAACCUCAGUGUCCACCAUGGGGAACUCGGCUAGAGAUUUACACUGGAAUGGAGAACUACACAGCUUUAAAAAUGGGGACUGUCUUUAUGUAAUAAUAUGGGAAAGAGCUCCAAGAUACAUUGUUAAAUGAAGAGGUAUAAAACAGUGUGUAAAGUAUGUUUCUAUUUGUGUAAAAAAACAUUGGCUUAUACACACACACACUCCUAAGGGUACAAAGUAACCAGGCAUACUAGGUGCUAUUGGGGAGGAGAACUGGGGGGAGAGGAAUGAGGAAUAAUUUUCACUCUAUAUCUUUUGAUAUUUUUAGAAUUUUGAAACAUGUAAAAGUAUUACCAGUUCAUAAAAUAAAUUAAAAAUCUCAACUGUUGCAAAUUAAA